AUGGCGCUCAAGUACUUGUGUUUUAAUAAGGUACUGUUGUUGCUUUGUUUCUUUCUCUUCGUCACUUUUGCCUCAUCAGAGACUUCUGUUGAUGAUGAGCUACAACAAACACAAUCCUUUGAUCCUCAUUUUCGAGUGAGAAGAUUGUUGAUGAAAGAUCUGGAAAUUAGUGAUGAUGACGAUGAAACCAAUCCUCCUCCUCCUAAGAAAAAGAAGCUUACUGGUUCUGUUUCAUCAUCACCACCAACAUCAACAACAUCUGGUACUAAGAAGAAUCAAACCAAGCUCAUUAAACCCAUCUCUUCUUCGAUCAAGAACCAGACUAAACUCGCUAAGACUUCCAUGGGUACGUCAUCCAAACUCAACUCCACCAAAUCUUCUUCCAACACGACUAAGAGCAGCUUAGAGCUCAAGAACAAGAAGCUCACUUCCGAAACCAAAUUCUCAAAUUUUACAAAACCCACUACUUCUUCGACCAACAAAUCAGCGGAUCUGUCCAAAUCAAGCUCGUCCAAAAACAAAACCACCACAAAAUCCCCCCCAAGUUCCAAACUUUCUCCUCCUCUAGAGAAGAAGAAAUCACCACCGUCCUCGGAGAAACCCUCAAAACCCGUGACCAAGUCGAAACCAGCGGAGAAAGAAAUCAAGCCAUUCUGGCUCGACGACGAGGAAGACGACGACUUCGUCAGCGAAUUCAGGGAUCUACCAACGAGAUUCCAAAGAUCCCUAAUCCCAGACCUGGAGCGAAUCUCAACGACAUCCAAGAACUACAUCAACAAAGCCAACAAAGAGAUCACCAAGAACUUCAAGCCCUACUUCGGCAACAAAUACGCACCGACCAUAGCCUCCGUGGUCUCCUUCGUCUUCAUCCUCGUCCCUCUACUCUUAGUCUCCCUCAUCUUCAACCGAUUCAAAGCCUACUUCUCACUCCAGAAGAUCCUAAUCUUCAUCCAAAUCUACCUCUCGAUCUACUUCUCGAUCCUCUGUCUCUCGUCGCUCGUCACAGGAAUCGAACCGCUCAAGUUCCUCUACGCCACAUCAAGCUCCACCUACGUUUGCUUGCAGAUCCUGCAAACGCUAGGCUACGUCUUCUACCUCUUGCUGCUUCUCAUGUACCUCGUUCUCGUCUUCUCCACGGAAUGUGGACUGGGCCUCAAAGUAUUGGGACUCGCUCAGACAUUCGUCGGCUUUGCCGUGGGGUUGCAUUAUUACGUGGCGGUGUUUCAUAGGGUGGUGCUUCGUCAGCCUCCCAAGACUAACUGGAAGGUGCACGGUGUUUAUGCCACGUGUUUUCUUCUCAUUUGUCUGUUAUCUAGCGCUGAGAGGAGGAAGAAAGAGUACUUGGAAGAUGGCGGUGACGAAGGGAAGAAAAACUGA